UUGGUUACUGUUACUAAGGCAACAAGAGUAACUAUUUUUGGUGAAAGUGUUUCAAUAUUUUGAUUUAAUUAUUUAUUGUGAUUUGUGUUUGUGUUUGUUUUUGUUACAAUUUAAUUAGCAUAUAUAAAUGAUUUAAUUAGAUUUCUUAUUAAGUAUUUGUGUUAUAAUUAAAGUGCAAAAUGUCAGAUGAAAUUGAUGAUGAUUUAGAGGAAAAGGUUGGUUUUUGGAAACGAUUUGCUGGUCAACCGUGUGUUAGACAAACGUAUUUAUAUUCAUUUACUGGUGGAUUAAUUGUUGGCUCUCUCAAUUUCAUGUUCACCAGUAAUGUUAAUCUCUCACAAAUACGAGGUAUUAGUACAUUUGCUGGAACAAUGGGAAUCUAUUGGGUCUUUUGUCGUUACAAUUAUUUCAAAGAGCAGAAAGAACUCAAGAAAAUAUCAGAGACGAUCGCUGAAAGAGCUUUAACUCUCGGUGUUAAUCCGAAUGAUCCAAUUAUCCCUGAAGAAUUCAAAAGAUGAUUUAUCGUAGUUCAAUGGCUCGCUAAUGAUUAGAAAUUUUUCUCAUCAAAAGAAAUGAUUAAUAACAGUACAAUCUAAAGUUCUAAAGGAUUAACAAAAUGACUCCGAUUUAGUCGAUCACACAAUUGAUGGAUCUUCCAAAAGUAAAGGUUAUCAUCAAUAAAAUCAAUUGUCAGAAAUGA